AUGGCAAAGGCGGUUCCCAGCCCUCCUCUCACUUCGACACGCUCACUCAGCCUCGUCGAAGCAGACGAAACCGCCCGUCCAACGACGCAAGCCAGCGCUUUCGAGCAGGACAUUACAGUCCAAGGGCUUGUCAUCGCACAAGACUGCUUACAGAUCGCACCGCCAGCUGACGGCUCGCAUCGGGACCGUACUGCCUUACUUCCAGAAGAUUUGUCGGCGCUUGACCCAGCAACAGGGUUCGGGAGAGGCAAGAUCAGGACGUGCUUCGCGAUGGGAGCCGAACGAGGGCCAGCCGACAGCAUCAAAGGCCUUGAGCAUCGCAGAACCACUUCAGAUUUCUUCGACGCCCACAAAGCCACAGGGCGGACACCGCCGCGAGCCCCCCUGCCACGGGCCAUCCAGCCGGUAACGUUGGCUCACCAACAGCUCCGAACAGACGGCCGAGACGAAGAUGACGGUGACGAUGAUGACGAGGACCACGCGGAGCGAGCCAUUGAAGCCGCUCUCAUACGAUUCCAGUGGAUCCCCGAGGCCCGGCGUGCCCUGAGGGGGCCCGGCCUUGGCAGCCUCGCUAUUCCCACCAGCGACACUGUCGAGAUGCUCUGUUCACCCGUCUUGGGCCCUGCGUCCAAGAAGCCAGGCCAUGGAAGAGGCAUUUCAGGCAGCAAGUCUCUACGCGGGCGAUCCAAAUCUAGCGCCUCGAGCCUUAGGGACGUCUUUACCGAUGCGGAGGCAGAGAGCGGCCGAAGAUCGACAGACCGCCGUCGUACCGGCACAGGCACCCGUGCAUCUUCACAAGGAGCGAAGGAUGGCGAAAAGGUGACCAUCCCCUCGCUCCUCUCGACCGAGAGCUUGGACCUCAGCCAGUUCAACUUUCCUCCGCCGCCAAAGACGCUUCGAGAACGCCACUCGCACGGAUCCCUCCGCGCGGCCGCAGCAGCCGGCGGGCAGAUCAGGCAUCGGUUGGCGUACCCCACAGAGCCCUCUCCACCGCUGCGGAUAGCCCCGUUGCCGCCACUGCUGCCAGCGAGGUCGCCUUUGCGCGAGAGACGGUCCAAACCUCCCCUGCACCUCGCGCUUGUCGGAAAGACGACCUCGACGACGGCGACGUCGUCGUCAUCGUCGCGAAAGCAUUCCCUGCCGAGCCCGGACCUGUCCAAGGCACUGCAUGUCGCAUCGCCGUUCUCGCCACCUCCGUGUCCACCGCCAGCGACGCCGCUGCCCGAUUUGCCUACCCCGGGCUCGGAGGACGGUGGCUGCUUUCCAGGCGCCCUGCUGCGUAGCACUGUCCAUUCGCGCAAAGGCUCUGCCGCCUCCGCUCCGACCGCAUCACGCCGCUCGUCCGACGCCAGCGACACCCACCACGGAGUUGCCCCUGCCAUCACCGCCAUCAAGGGGCUACCGCAACUGCACAAGCGGUCGUUUGUGCGGGCGCACUCCGCAUCGCCGUCGAUUCCUAAGCCUCGUGCAUCUAGUGCAGGGCGGGGCGAAGCUCGAGCGACUGGGGGUACCGUCCCAGACACGCCCCCUUGGACAGGCGCGAAGGAUGCUUUCAACGUCGUGGCCGCGUCCUUGCAAGCCAACACGACGUCGAUGACGGGCUACCAGCACGUCAGCUCAGACGACUUUUUCCGGAUGCUGGACGCUGCGCCGCCUCUAUCGCCGCCCCCCUCGGCUCGCAACUCGUCGCAGCGGCCAUCGGAUCGGGCCAAGCUGGCCAACCUCGUCGAGUGCUUGAGCCCUUCGAUGGAAUCCAGCGACGGCGUUUUCGCGGAGCGACAAGCAUCGUCGGGGCAGGGUGGCUUCGGCAUGGUCCGCGUCUCGACUGAGCCCCUGGGCCCCGCCCGCUCGCAUGCUGCCGAAGUCGCGUCAAGCCAUCGCCUUUCGCAUCCCGCAGACCUGCCGAUGGGAAUCGAAGGAGGUGACAGGGUCGUUUACGGUCUCGCUCUCUAG